AUGGCUGACGGUGAAGGAAGAGGGACGGGAGAAGAGGAGGAGUGGAGUAGAAGUGGGGCUUCCCCUCAUUCAAACAGAUUUUUAUUGCAGGAAUAGUU